AUGGUUGGUAAGACGUACACCAACUCGCAUGUUGAAGCAGACAUCAACACAAAGGGGGAGACCAUCCUAAUCGAGACAAAGUCAUUCCAAGGAUUUUUCAAAUCUACCUUCUUGAUGAAAUGUUUCCCGUUCGAUAUACAGAGACUCCAUUUAGUCAUACAGUCGGCUAAGGAAGACAGUGAAAUAGCCAUGCUUUAUAAGAAGAGGUCAAAUAUUGAAGGAAUUUAUCAAUCUUUGAGUCAGAAGGGCUUCAUCUUGAGUUGCAUAUACGAAACGAAAUCAUUGCAAGAAAGCAAGCAGUUUUCUUAUUUUACUAUGGACAAACAGGGUCUAGAGAUGACCGUCUAUAUACGUCGCGAACUUUACGCUUUCAUGGCCAGGUAUUCAUUCUUGUGUGUCCUAUAUGUUGUGGUACUAUUCACUCUCUUGUUUGACCAAGAUCUGUACAAAUUCGCUCGCAUUGAAAUCAGCUUGGGAGUGUUCUGGCUGACAGUCAUAAGUGGCUAUCUAGCCGCGAAGAGGAACAAUCUACUAACUGUUACAUACCAGAACGUCUGCUUCUUAAUCACCAUGUACAACAACCUCUUUCUAGUUUUUUAUCACUUUCUGGGUGAACACUUCUUCAAAAUUCUUUCAAACAUGGGACACAAUAUGAAGGGCUUAGAUAUGUUCAUCCUCUAUCUAGACAUAAGCAUCGUUGUAUCGCUUCAGUUGUUUUCUCUUUGGGUUUUUACUAGACAGCUCAGAUCAAAAUGGUCGGUUUUUAAGCAUCCAAGGCCGUUUUCAAGAGAUAAAUGA